AAUUCAUAGGUUAGGUCCAGUUAAGUUUCCCGCCAAAAGGUUUGCUGUCGGACAAAUUUUUGUAAACAUCAAGUGUCAAAUUUUUAAAAGUUACAUUUACUUACAGUAAAUUACUGAUAUAUAGAAAAACAUUCAGUUUUCACUCCUGUCUUAUUUUUCACUAAAUAUUUUAUGAUUUAAUUUGUAAUUUAUUUAGAAAACAAAAACAAUAACAAUGAGAUUUCGUUGUAAGAUGACAGACGCAGUUGCAAUGAGAGAUUUCACAAAUAUUGUAACUGCGGUCUCCAAAACAUCAAAGCACUGCGUACUUGAAUUAACCAAUGAUCAAAUUUGUUUUACUGUCCUCGAUGAGUCCGGACGUUCACCCACAGUUUGGGUCGAACUAUCGCGGUAUCAUUUUUUUAAUGAGUAUCUUAUGGUGGGCCUCGGCGAGCAUAACAACAAAAUAUUAUUCGAUUUCGACGCUCAAAUGCUGGCUAAAAGUUUGACAACACUAAAGGCAACCGCUAGAAGCGUUAAAAUGAAACUUACAAACAAACAACAUCCUUGUCUGACCCUAGAAAUUGAGUUACCGUCACUGACGACAGAUUCUUGGCAAUGUAUCCACGAUGUGCCAAUUAAAGUUUUGUCGAGAAAUGAAUGGAAUAUUUUUCAACCACCGAAUAUACCUGAUUUUCAUAUUUCCAUAGAUUUACCUCAAUUGAAGUACAUAAGAAGUUUCGUUGAAAGAAUGAAAAAUAUGUCGCCUCAUUUGAGAUUAAUAGUAAACAAUGACGGAUUACUCGUAUUAAAAGUCGAAACAGAUGCAGCAAGUGUCGCAACACACUUUCAGAAUCUCCAAGUGUGGAAACCAGACACGUCAGAAAGAGAAAAUAUUUCAGCAUCUGUUGACAUCAAACGUUUUUUCAACGUUCAUGCCUGGGAUGCCGUCCAUCCUGAUUCAGUCAAAUGCAAUAUUAUUGACGAGCGACUUGUCUACUUGCACAUUAAUCUCGACGAUAACAUCAAAGUCCAUCAUUUCAUACCAGCAGUAGCAAUCGACUGAUAAAAUUAAAUCAAUUAAUCUGUAUAAAUAAUUAAGUAAAUUAAAAAAAAUUAGAUUAUUUAUUUUUUUAUGACAAAGCAAUUCAAUGAACGUAAAUAAAAAAAAAAUU